AUGGGGUGCCGUGGCUGCAGAGGUGGUGGUAGCUGCGGUGGCUGCCAUGGUGGCUGUGGCUGUGGCUAUGGUGGCGGCGGCAGUGGCUGUGGUGGCAGCUGCAGUAACCCUGUGGUCUGCUGCUGCCGCCACUCCUGUGGCUGCAGCUCCUGUGGCUGCGGCUCCUGUGGCUCCUGUGGCUCCUGUGGCUCCUGUGGCUCCUGUGGCUGCGGCUCCUGUGGCUCCUGUGGCUGUGGCUCCCAUGGCUGCUGCGGUGGGAAGGGCUGUUGCCCGCAGAAGAGCUGCUGUCAGAAGCCGUGCUGCUGCUAG